CCCCCCCCAAAUUCCCAGCCGAGAACGCACGGCUGGGGAAGAGAGGGUCGUCGGGAGGAGCAGAAGAAGGCGCGAUUUGGGGGGCGAGGACGGAUCGAUGUCGGUGACGGGGACAUCCGUGGCGGCGGCGGCGACCAUGCUGGCCGCGGCGGCCGCCAUCUUCAUCACCUUCGUCGUCUGCUUCUACCUCUUCCUCUGCGCCAAGCGCUACCGGGGCGCCGCGCCCGCAAUCGGCGGCGGCGGGGGAGCGGACGGCAGGGGCCGGGGGCCGCGGUUCGUCUUCGGGGGGCCCUGCCACGGGCGGGGCCUGGACGAGACGGCCAUCGUGGCGCUGCCGCGCAGGGAGGUCGCCCAGGGGGACCCCGCGGCCGACUGCGCCGUCUGCAUCACGGAGCUCGCCGCCGGGGAGGCCGCGCGCCUGCUGCCGCGGUGCGGCCACUCGUUCCACGUCGAGUGCGUCGACAUGUGGCUCCGCUCGCACUCCACCUGCCCGCUCUGCCGGUGCGCGGUCGCCGACGAGGCGCCCACCGUGCAGCCCCCCGAGGCCGAUCCGGAGUCGCCCAUCUUCCCCACCAACGUGCUCUUCUUCGGCUCCCAGGACGCCGUGGCAACCGGCGGCACGCCGCGGCAGCCGGUGCCGCCGCAGCCUUCCCAGGGCCCGAUCGCCGGCGUCGCGGCCGUGGUCGAGGCGGCCAGAGUGGCGGCCCUCCGGCGGCUGCUCGGCUGCGGCGGCGGGACGUCCCCGCCCCCGCCACCACCGCCGCCGCAGGCAGGCCGCGACCUGGAGAUGGGCCCCGCGCAGGCCGGCGGCGAGAGCAGCACGCCGCGGCCGGCGAAACCGCAGCCAGGUUCUUGAUGCCUCCUCCGCCCGCCGCUCUUUCCCCUCCGCAUCUCCUUGAGCCAUUUUGAGGCCACCAAAAAGGAAGCAAAUUGUACAUAUUUCCUACAGUGUAUGAUAGUACGAUUGAGGAACUGUAUAAUCCUGUGAACAAGAUCUAUGGAAUGGAUGGACACAUCUCGGCGAUUUCAUGCCGCCAAAUCCAUGAGAUCUGAGUGCUGUGCGGCACCGAGAAGAAGCACUGUUACUGUUAGUUUUGCAGAUAAUACUUACAUUUUACCAUGCAGUAAUACUACUAGCAGCGCUUUCUGAA